AUGGUGUUCGCCGAUGUAGGGCGGCGUUCGCCAGAGCGAAGAAGUCGUGCUUCAACCGUGGUUGGGCCUGGACUACGACCGCAAAUAGACACAACACACAAUCGACGGGCUUCUGUGGUGUCCAAUAACGGGGAUUUGCCAAUAAACUCGGCAAACUUCAACGAUGAGAAACCCAUCGCUGCUGGCAAUGGUGUCUCUGUAAUAGUAUCGAUGGCUGAGCCCGUGCUGUUCCUGCAAGGUUACGAUGCGAACGAUCCGUCGACACACAGCACUACUAUGCUACGAGGAAGCUUACUGCUUCGGGUCACAAAACAAGCGAAGCUGAAGUCGAUAUCUCUCAACUUCAAGGGCCGUUCAGAAACAGACUGGCCCGAGGGUAUCCCACCACGGCGAGUAGAAUUUCGAGACACGACGGUCAUUAUGAAUCACACAUGGUCUUUCUUCAAUGCCCAGAUGCCGAUUGCCGAGCACAGCUAUGGGGCGGAUAUUGUACAGCUACAGAAAGGACCAGCCGUAGAGACCAAGGACUUAGGAGUCUCGGGUGGCUCGUCGUUUGACCUGUUCCAAAGAAGUGCAUCGCCUGCGAAAGGUCAAUCUACCCGUGACCUCAAGAGGCUGUCGCUGCAGAACAAUUCGUCGAGGAGCUUCGGCAAGGGUGAAUCGAUGAAUGGAGGGCCAAGCGUUGCUCAACGAGGAUUCAAAGUGUUCCACCCUGGUGAUUAUAUCUACAAUUUCGAGCUUCCACUGGACUCUCGCCUACCCGAAUCGAUACAUGUCGAUCUCGGAAGCGUCAAAUACGAGCUCGAGGCUCUUGUUGAGCGAUCGGGCGCUUUUCGAGCGAAUCUGGUAGGUACGAAGGAAUUGACACUUAUUCGAGCACCUUCCGAAGGGUCCUUGGAACAGGUCGAGCCCAUUGCAAUCUCGAGAAACUGGGAAGAUCAAUUACAUUAUGACAUUGUUAUCUCUGGCAAGUCAUUUCCCUUAGGGUCUACGGUUCCCAUUGCAUUCAAACUUACGCCUCUGGCCAAAGUGCAAUGUCACCGCAUAAAAGUCUUCGUCACGGAGAACAUACAGUAUUUUACCAACAACAAGAAGGUUCACCGCUUAGAGCCUACGAGGAAAGUACAAUUAUUCGAAAAGAGGGCAGAGAGCCACAGUGUCAGCUCGUACCCUGGUAGCUCAAUGCGUAUUAUCUCUGGUGGAGGGGUUCCGUACGACUACCGGCAAGCAGCAGCUGCCGGAGACGAGGACGUGCCCCAUGACAACACGAAUCUACUAGGGAAUCUGGACGCGGAUUCUGUCAGCAUUGGACCAACUGAGAUGGAGUUCAAUGUCCAAUUGCCUAGCUGCUUCCAAAUGAAGGAAAAGCUCCGGAGCGAACGUCUUCACUUUGAUACCACGUAUUCUAACAUACAGGUCAAUCACUGGAUCAAGAUUGUUAUGAGACUUUCCAGGCCAGAUGAGAACGACUCUGCCAAGCGACGACACUUUGAAAUCUCGAUCGACUCCCCAUUCAACAUUCUCUCAUGCCGUGCAACACAGGCCAACAUAUCACUGCCCGCUUAUUCGGCUGGCGGUCUAAGUGCCCCCUCUGCCGACGAGUAUGACUGUGGCUGUCCGGGAGCUGCACUACUGCAUAGGCGCAACACACCACCAAAUCCGGCGACUCUGGCUGGGGCCGGUGCUAAUGGUGGCGCAAGCUCGUCGAGCGUGAACCUUCCAGGUCAGGGAGUCUCUCGAAGCUGGACGAACGAUGACGGAGGUCUCGCGAUGCCUUCUCAAGCUCACAUGGCAAACGAUCCGAAUUCAGGAAACCCUCGACCAAUUCAUCUGCUGCGAGUUCCGUCGUUCAAUCCGCCUGGUUUCGACGAGGAAGAACCACCACCACCUCUUGUCACACCGCCGCCACAUUAUAACAACGUGGUGGACGAUCCACGUGAUGCACUUGCCGACUAUUUCUCUCGUCUGGCUGAUGAAGAGGAGGAACGAAGCGAUCGAUCUCGGAUUGAUGUUCCUUUGACACCGGGAGGUCGAGUGAACAGGAGCAUGGACAUCAGCCGGACUUGGGUGCCGCUAGGAGAUGGGGCCAGGCAUACGCCUCAGAGCUCUUUGGCACAUUGA